AUGGAGCCACUAAAUGAAGAAUCACAGCUCGACUUGGAGUCAGAGGAGGACGACGUUGAGUUAUCAGACAAUGAGCUUCAAGCAGCUUUUGCAAAAGGGUUGCUGAAACCAGGGAUGAAUGUUGUGUUGGAUAAACCCAAAACCUUUGUCAAUAACAGGGUGGGUCUCAAACAGUGCCUCACUGAGUUCCGUAAAGACCUACCAUGGGUGGAGAGACUAGACCUGACCAAUCGGCCUGUUGAGGAUGUUCUUUCAAAGGCUGAAGGGAAAGCAUCAGAUGUGACAAAUAGAGAUGUCAAUGCAGACGACGACUUCCAGAGGGAGAUGUUUUUCUACCGCCAAGCUCAGGCUGCAGUACUGGAGGCGCUGCCCCUCCUGAAUCACCUUGAUAUCCCUACAAAGAGGCCUGAGGACUACUUUGCAGAGAUGACCAAGUCAGACCAGCACAUGCAGAAGAUCAGGAAAAAGUUGAUUGCUAAGCAGGCCAUCCUGGAGAGGUCGGAGAAGGCCAAGAAAUUGCGUGAGCAGAGGAAGUUUGGCAAAAAGGUGCAAAUGGAAGUGAUUCAGAAGAGACAGAAGGAGAAGAAGGCGAUGAUGUCUGCUGUCAAGAAAUACCAGAAAGGAAUGACAGAUAAAUUGGAUUUCUUGGAAGGAGACAAAAAAACGGCUGCCAGCUCUUCUCAGGCCUCCAAGAAAUCAGCAGCAAACAAGAAGGGGCCCAGCGCCAAGAGGAAAUACAAGAAUCAGAAGUUUGGUUUUGGUGGCAAGAAGAGUGGGAGGAAGUGGAACACCAAGGAGAGCUACGACGACGUCUCCAGCUUCCGUUCCAAGGUAGCUCAUGGGAAAGCUGCCAAAGGAGGGAAGAAGGGCAAAGGAAGGAAGCAAAACAAACGCCCGGGGAAGUCUGUACGGAACAAGAUGAGAGCUCGUUCCUAGAAGCUGGAGCUGAUGGAGGCGCUGUGGAGCGGCUGGAGUUGGACUUUACUUUCAGGCAGGAUUUGAUGGACCUGCUUCUCAGCCAGGAGACAUGGACUCCACGUCGUCUCCACUUUGUGUUUAUUCUGCCGUAAACGGCACUUGGAUUGAUGAGACUGACGAUGUGUACCGGAGUUUUGCUCAGGAAGGAAAACGUGUAAAGACCACACACAGGAGACAAACUGGAUUACAGAAUUCUCUUCGCCCAUGGAGUUUGCUGCAGGGGAGGUUAAAAAUGAAUGUUGACUUGGGGUUGGGUCAGAUUUUUACCUCUGGUUUGAAAAAAAAAAAAAAAUCUGGAUUGCUUCAGCUUAAAAUCUUCAUAAAACAUAGGCUAUUAGGCUUUUUCUAAAGCUUAGAUAAAUGAGAGAUGUUAAAACAUCAAAUCUUGGCUCAAAUCUCCUGUAAUUCCAUCUGGUAUACUGCAGCAAAAAUUUCACAUCUGGUUUUGAAGAAACAGAUUGUGUCCCACUCCACCAAUGAAGCUGCGGAACUGGUCAUCAGGGCUGUGCAA